AGCGUCCUUGUUUGUGUGGUGCCGCCGCCGCCGGUGCAGCCGCCGCCGCCGCCGCUGCCCCCGUCUGUACCGCAGUGUCUGCUCCGCCCGCCCGCCCCGGUCCGGCCCACCCCCCUCCCCCACCCCCGUCCCUGGUCCCGUCAGCGGGGUCCGGAGCCUACUGUGCCGUCGCCUCUUCCUUUUUCGACGCCUCCGCCGCCGCCUGAGGAGGCGAGCUAGCCGGGAGUUACACCGCCACCGCCAGGAUGGAUAGAAUGACAGAAGAUGCUCUUCGCCUGAAUCUGUUAAAGCGGAGCUUGGACCCAGCAGAUGAACGAGAUGAUGUCCUGGCAAAGCGACUCAAAAUGGAGGGACAUGAGGCCAUGGAACGUCUAAAAAUGUUGGCAUUGCUCAAAAGGAAGGAUUUGGCAAAUCUUGACGUGCCACAUGAGUUACCCACCAAACAGGAUGGUAGUGGUGUCAAGGGCUAUGAAGAAAAACUCAAUGGGAAUCUCAGGCCUCAUGGAGACAACAGGACUGCUGGAAGGCCAGGCAAAGAAAACAUCAAUGAUGAGCCUGUGGAUAUGAGUGCUAGACGGAGUGAGCCAGACCGAGGAAGGCUAACUCCCUCCCCAGACAUCAUUGUUUUGUCUGACAACGAGGCUUCCAGUCCCCGUUCUAGCUCCAGAAUGGAAGAAAGACUCAAAGCAGCCAACCUAGAGAUGUUUAAGGGGAAAGGCAUUGAAGAACGGCAGCAACUCAUCAAGCAGCUAAGGGAUGAACUACGAUUGGAAGAAGCCCGACUGGUGCUGUUAAAGAAGCUGAGACAGAGUCAGCUACAGAAAGAGAAUGUGGUCCAGAAGACUCCAGUUGUACAGAAUGCAGCAUCUAUUGUUCAGCCAUCUCCUGCCCAUGUGGGACAGCAGGGCCUAUCCAAGCUUCCCUCCCGCCCUGGAACCCAAGGGGUUGAACCUCAAAAUUUGAGAACAUUACAGGGUCACAGUGUCAUUCGUUCAGCUACCAAUACCACCCUCCCACACAUGUUGAUGUCUCAGCGUGUUAUUGCACCAAACCCAGCCCAGCUACAGGGUCAGCGGGGUCCUCCUAAACCUGGCCUUGUACGCACCACAACACCCAACAUGAAUCCCACCAUCAAUUACCAGCCGCAGUCAAGUUCUUCUGUUCCCUGUCAGCGUACAACAUCCUCUGCCAUCUAUAUGAACCUUGCCUCUCAUAUCCAGCCAGGGACUGUGAACAGAGUGUCCUCACCACUUCCUAGUCCCAGCGCUAUGACUGAUGCUGCCAACUCACAGGCUGCAGCCAAAUUGGCUCUUCGCAAACAGCUGGAAAAGACACUCCUGGAGAUCCCGCCCCCUAAACCUCCUGCUCCCUUGCUUCACUUCCUGCCUAGUGCAGCCAAUAGUGAGUUCAUCUACAUGGUGGGCUUGGAAGAAGUCGUACAGAGUGUCAUUGACAGCCAAGGCAAAAGCUGUGCCUCACUUCUGCGGGUUGAACCCUUUGUAUGUGCCCAGUGCCGCACAGAUUUCACCCCCCACUGGAAGCAAGAAAAGAAUGGUAAGAUUCUGUGUGAGCAGUGUAUGACCUCCAACCAGAAGAAGGCUCUAAAAGCUGAACACACCAACCGGCUGAAAAAUGCAUUUGUUAAAGCCCUACAGCAGGAACAGGAAAUUGAACAGCGAUUACAGCAGCAGGCAGCUCUUUCCCCCACUACGGCUCCAGCUGUGUCCAGUGUCAGUAAACAAGAGACCAUCAUGAGACAUCAUACACUUCGGCAGGCUCCACAGCCACAGAGCAGCCUCCAGCGUGGCAUACCCACAUCUGCCCGCUCCAUGCUUUCAAACUUUGCACAGGCACCCCAGUUGUCUGUGCCAGGUGGCCUACUUGGUAUGCCAGGUGUCAACAUUGCAUACUUGAAUACUGGCAUCGGAGGACACAAAGGCCCCAGUUUGGCAGACCGACAGCGUGAAUACCUUUUAGACAUGAUCCCUCCCCGGUCUAUAUCGCAGUCUAUCAGUGGACAGAAAUAACGCCUGUUCCACUUGUACUGCCCCAACCUUGAUUCCUUUAUCCCUUUCCUCUCCCAUUCCCCCAACUUCCGUCGCAUGCAGUGCCUGUACUGGUGCCUACCAUACACGGAAAGCAAAACAGAAAACAGAAGACAAAAAAAUAGAAAUCAACAGGAAAACACACGCCCUGGCCCGCCACCUCCCCUUUAUUUCACACUGCUGCGAUCUGUUCUUCUGCCGCUGUCUUCUUUCUUCAAUUUUCUUUAACAGUGAGGUGGAUCUUUACCUCUGAUAGAGGUCAGAAUGAGGUCCUGGGGAGAAUUUAAGCCCUCCAACGUGUGUUUCUGAAGUUUGUUUUUAUGCUAUAAUUAUUAUCAUUUUUAAUGAUGUUGUAUCUCCUCCCUUUGUUCAGUGGACGGUUAAACCUUUCUUCCCCCCAGUCUUUUUCCUUUCUUUAUUCCUUUUUUUUUUUUCUCGUAAACACAGAUGACAUUCAGUUCGAUGAUAGGAGCAUUGCAGAUUGCAGUAGGGUCUCCAAUUGCCAAGUAGGACUUGACUGGGAGUUUCAGGGGCAGAAAUUUUUAAUGCACUUAACCUAAAGGGUGGGUGGGUAACAUCAAACAAGGAGGAAUAGCACCCCAGCUCUGGGUGUUUGGGGGCUGGAAAAUUUGGGAGGCAGUGUUUAGUAUUGAUGUUGGGCUCUGAGAAUGAGGGAAGAGAGCCUGGAGGGAAAAGCUUUAAAACUCUACCAACCCUGGAAUUUGCCCAUAGAGGAGCAGAAGAAAGAGGUAUGAUGGUGAGCUUAACGAUGAGUCAGAGAGGACUGAGACUAGGUCCUUUCUGGAUUCCAAGGGAAUAAGAUUGGUCUCCUGACCCCAAGGGGACACAAGUCUAUUCCAGGCCAACUAGCCCCAAAUUAUUUCAUCUUAGGUAAAAUUUUUCCCCACCCCCUUUUAAAAAUUCUAAUCCAUCCCCCUUAACCAGUCUCAUCUAGAAUAUAGAGGAACGACUGUUUCCAGGCUGAGUUUGCUGGGUGUCCUAAAUGUUGGAAUGGACAUAAAUGAGUCACAUGACAAAAGGAGGAAAUAGCUUUAGAGUAAGGAAGAAAAGGACUUCUCUCCCAACAAUUGAGAUUCUCAGUGUUUCCUGUUCCUUCACUCUCUGAGUGCCUGAAGGUGAGGGUGGAGGCACAUAAUCAGGUUGGAGUCCUGUCCUGACUCUGCUGCACUAACUGCAGAACCAGCUGCUCAGAGCCAAACAGCUCAUGUCAGAACCAGCAUAGGACCUCCGCUAUACAGGUAGUUGUCAUUUUUCCCCCCAAGAAUUCUAUUACUUUUGCCUUUUUGUUUUGUUUUUAUUUUUUUAAGUGCUACUAAUGUAGAGAAUGAAUUGAAUUGUGCAAUGUUGCUGUUCUGGGGAUUGGGGAGAUUAGCAUCCCAUUUGCCCACCCUGUGGGGGAGGAGGGAGGGAACCAGGCUGUUUCUGAGAAAGGGAAACCCUUAAAGGUACGGGUUUCUGCUCUCCUCAUAGCAUAUACCACCUGCCUCUUCAGCUCCAGAAACUACCAGAGUGCACUGGGGGGAUAUUCUCAGCAAAGAGGUAUGAGGAGAAGUUUAAUAUUUUGCCCUUGAAAGCCACCUGAGGAAGUUCCCCCACCUUUAUUUUUUAAAAUUAAAUAAUUUUUUUAAAGAAGGCACUUUUAAAAUUAACACACACACAAACUGCACAUCUUCCCCAUAAAAUGUGGAGGUGAGGUGGAGAAGGGAGCUAAAAUCAGGCUCAGUUCUCCCCCUCUGGCCUCUGCUCCCCACACCCCAGUGCCACUGUGGGUGAUUAUACUGGCCCUACGGGCCCUCCUGGCUUUUUUUCUUUCCUCCCUUCCCCCAAAUCAAUUGAGCACUUAAUAAAGGAGCAGAGAUGCAGCCAGUGUCUGGGCUCCCCCAGUGGUGAAAUGAUCUGGAAGCUAGAUGCUAGUAACAGGUAGUGAUCGGGUCUUUUUGAGUAUUUUUCUGGGGAAUGUGGUACCCCUGACUGUAAGUGGUGGGAGAGGGAGGGGGGUUAAUGGAACUGGGACUGGGAUUAUUUUAAAAUUAUAUAUAUAUAUAUAAAGAUAUAUUCUUACAUCUUUUCUUUGCCCUCUGUGCUUUGAAAGCACUGGAUAAAUCGUUUGGUUUUGCUUUUCUCUCUUCCACAAAAUUGGAAGCUUUUUUUUUUUAUUGUUUUCCCUGCAAGUCAUCUUGCCUUGUGGCAUGUCUGUCUAGCCUGUCCCUCCCCCAUAAUGAAGUGCCAUUUCUGUUACGUCUCCCUCUCCCCCGGCUCAGAGGUGCUCAGAGGUACAAGGUGCCCAAGUUUGUCAGUUGAGAUUAAAAGGAACAGAGAAUGUGCAAUACCGUCUGGCUGGGGGCUGUCCUGCCCUGCCCUGAGCUGAGAACCUUCCCUGGGAGCCAGGCCACCUGAAUGGGGUUUGGAAGUAAGAUAUAUAGCGAUGGGGAAUGAUGGGGAAGGAAAGCCCAUAGUCGUGCCUGCUUAGGUGCUGAGGCCAUAGGGGAGAGGGUGGGAUCUUCCUUGUCUUUAUCCCCUCAGGGUCAGUUACAUAGAAGCUGCUUGUUGACUAGUAUAGCUCUGUGACCCUUUGUUCAAUCGCUGAGGUUUGAUUUUUUUUUUAACCCUCUUUUCUCCCCAUCUUUAUGCCCUUCCCAGGGAUUAGUGACGGAGGUGAGGUCUCCCUAAUCAUGGUAAAGUAUUAGCCUUCCACCUCCUCCCUUCCCAUCUGUCUUCCUCAGUUCUCUACUUGUUCAUCGCUGAUUGCCUUGUGUUCCUCCAAGUCUGUCAUUACUGUCCUUUCUCAGGCCCUGGGCCCUGCAGACACUAAGCCUCAUGCCCUAAGGACAGGAGGAAAAACCCUCUGUUUGGAGAGCUAUCCUUUACCCCUGGAGCUCUGAAGCUCAAGGUAGUAUUAGAGUGAGGAUCCCACCCGUUCUGCCUGGCUUCCUCCAUCCUUGUGGCACUAAAAGUAGUAGUUUAUGGAUGGUAUCUUACUCCUUAGAAGCCUGAAAUGGGGGGAUUAGUGAUAAGGCUUGGGUAAAAGUGAGGGACAGAGGUCCUUAUAUGUCAGUUUUAUUUUGUCAUAUGACCACAGCAUCUGGACUCCCUCCAUCCCUGGAAUAAGUAUUUUCCCCACAUUUUUGGAUAUAUGUAUGGUAGACAAUUUUUUUUAAGACACAGAGAUAAAUGUUUUCCUGCUUUGGUUACCUUUCCUUUCCCCUUUAAAAGGAAUUAGCUAUAGAACUGCUUUGUAAAGAUGCUUCUUGAUAUUUUACUUUUGUUCCUUUUCCCCAACCAUUCCCUUUUCUCCCCACUCCUCCAGAAGGCAUAACCCUUCUCUCCACAUCCCCCUGCCCCACCCCAGUCCUAGGCUCCCUUCCCUUCCAUCAAAACCUUCAUUAGCUUAUGAUACUUGCUGCCGAGAUGUUAUAACAAGGACUCAUUCGUGUAUAUAAGCUAUUUCUUGAUCCAUUUAAAAGGAAUUGUACAUUGUGUAGAAAAAAAAAAACUGAAAAAGAGAAAAAAAAGCCCUAGCCAUGGAUAUUGUGAAACUGUGUUAUGUCAUUUUGUAAUGUGCCCGUUUGUGUAUGAUCCGUGCAAAAGGGUUUCUGGGGAAGGGGAGGGGGUAGGGAGGCAGGGCUGUGGAGGGUGGGUAGGGGAGUGGGCCGGGCCCAGCACACUGAGACUGGCAGCUGCUCCAACCCCAUCCCUCCUUAGAGAUGCCACCUCCCCCACCACCCACCCCUAAUUUGUGCCUUGCCUCCCCACCCUGGAGUCGUUCCUCCAGGUCACCAGCACUGCCUUGGCAGAGCCCACUCCCUACCCUCACCUGCCCACUCUCCCUGCCCCCCAGCAUUAGGUUGAUACUGUGGGGAAGUGCUGGGGGUUGGGAGGUAGCCGAGGAAUGGGGCAGUUCCCGGGGGCAUCGAAACCAAGUAUUAUUAUGAAUUGUAAUUGUAUUUGCACUGUUUUUUUUCCUCUGAUUGCAUCAGCAUAUAUACAAUAUACCUAUAUAACAAAAUUCAGUGUCAAGCUUUCUUAUGCAAGGGAUUUCCCCCACCCCACCCCACCCCCUCAAAAAAGAAAACCUAGUCUCAUGGGCCUUUGAGGGUGAAUUGUCAGGGGUGAUAGAAAAGAUUUUAAGAAGUCAUCCUAAGGGGGCUUUACCUAGUGAGAGCCACAUCCAUCUGCACAGUUUUAGGCUGUGUGAACUGAGGUGAGGUGUGCUCCUGGAAGAGCCAUGGCUCUGGUCCAGGACUGUGGAGAGUAAAGAGAAUUACCAGCACCAAGGGGGUUGGAGGGCUAGGACUACAGUCUGGAGACCUGGGGUCUCCUACUAACUUGCUAUGUGACCUUUGAUAGAGUUAAUUUUUGGGGUCUCUGUUUUCAUGUCUAUGAAGUGAGGGGGUAAAUCAUCUGGUCACUGUUUAAAAUUCUGUGCUUCCUUCUCCACCUGCCAAAAACAAAAAAAAAACAAGUGCGGGAAUUGGGCUGAGCAAACAGAGAGGAGAUGAGAGCAACUGGUGUUGAAGUGGCUACAUAUGUGACAGUGCCCUUGGAGAGCUGCCAGACCCCUACUGUUACCCUUGAUUUGGCAGCUGUGAUGUCCAGCACGUCAGUUAGGCCAGUGACAUCUUUGCCCCUUUGCCUCUCGUCAUCUGAGGGCAGGGACCAGGCCCCAGCCCCGCCUCAUAGUAGCCCAGAGCCCUCAAGGGUGGUCAAUCAUGGAGUGCCCGGUUGGUGCUCUAGGUACUUACUCCCCUUGUGAGCUCCAGGAUGUGGAACUUCCCUUGUCUUCUUGGUGACAAAAUGGGAGUGCUCAGUACAGCCCACAUCUUGUCUCCUUUCCUCAGAUCUCAUCUGAACCCCCUAAAGGCAGCUGUUCCACAGUCUGUCUCCUUCAAGGGCCAAUUCCCCAAAGCCUGGGCUGAGCACUCCCAUAUGUCUUUAGGUUCUUGGCUGGUAAAGCCUGGAGAGGACGCAGGAAGGUGGGUGAGGCCCUGGUGAAGGUGGAAGGAUAGAUUGGGGUUGGGGGGGUGGGAGCAGGGAGGUGGGAUGGGGAAUGGCCUUCCCUGAAUAGGGUGGGUGGGAGGGGAACAAGACCCUUUUGCACAACUCUCUUUAAGUUUCCUUUAUUUUUUUUUUAACUCAUUCUAAUUUUCUGCAUUGUGUUUGGGAAAUAAAAUGAAAAAACUAAGACCAAUAGAAACUGGUUUUCAAAAAGGCAAAUACACUCCCAUCUGUUUCAGAUGCUGCUGAGCAUUUCAGCAGUGACAGAUUCAAAUAAUAAGCUAAUUUUUGGAGAAAGGAUUAAAAGAAAAAAAAACUUUGUAAUAUUUAUCACUUGCAAGCUAUGUUUAAUAAAGAAAGGAAUGGUUUCUAA